AUGGAGGACAGUGUGACCUUUGAGGACGUGGCUGUGUUCUUCUCCUGGGAGGAAUGGAGGCUCCUUGAUGAGGCUCAGAGGCGCCUGUACCACGAUGUGAUGCUGGAGAACUUUGCACUUAUAUCCUCGCUGGGUUGCUGCUGUGGAGCAGAGGAUGUAGAGGCACCUUUUGAACACAGCGUUUCUGUCAGCGUGUCCCAGCCCAGCACCUCCAAGGCAGCACUGUCAUCCCAGAAUACCCACUUCUGUGAUAGUUGUGGUACAGUCUUGAAAUACAUGUUUCAGUUGACUGAGCACCAAGGGACACCACACAUCCAGAAAGUAUUCCGGUGUGUGGUAUGUAUGAAACAAUUCUAUUUUAGUACAAACCUCCAAAAACACCAAAAGCAGCACCUGGGAGAGAAAUCCUUUAGAAGCAGUGUGGACAGGACCUUGUUAGUGAAGAACUGUAAAUUCUGUGUUUCAGAGAAGCCCUUUACCUGUGAUGAAAUUGGGAAGGACUUCCCGGCCACCUCAGAACAUCUCCAGCAACAGACCACUCACGCCAGGGAGGAACCAAACAAAAUCACCCAGUGCUGGGCAACUAUACAAAACAGGAAAAGUCAUUUCACCUGGGGAGACUGUAAGAAAACCUUUAGUCCCAGACACACAGAUAUUCAGGACCAGGAUGUCCACACUGAAAGACCUUUUGUGUGCCAUGAAUGUGGGAAAACAUUCAGGUACAAAUUUUCAUUUGUAGAUCACCAGAGAGUCCACACUGGUGAAAGGCUUCAUGCAUGCGGCAAGUGUGGCAAAUCUUUUAGGCAAACCUCAACCCUCAAUCAGAAACGAAGAAUUCAUACUGGGGCACAGCAGUACAAGUGUAGCAAAUGUGGCAAAUUCUUUAACCAAAAAUUUGUCCUCGUUUAUCCCUGGAAAAGUCACACUGGAGAAAAUUGUGACUUGUGUCAUGAAUGUGUGCACUCUUUUAGCCGUAGAACCAUCCUUAUUCAACAAUGGACAGUUCACACUGGAGAAAGGCAUUACGAGUGCACUCAAUUAGUUCAGUACUUUUUUUUACACCAGAGAGUACAUACAGGAGAAAGGCCCUUUGAGUGCAGUAAAUGUAGGAAAUCUUUUACCAGUAGCUCAAUACUUAUUCUACACCAGAGAAUACACACAGGAAAAAGGCCGUAUGAGUGCAGUGAAUGUGGGAAAUCUUUUAUGUCUGACCCUGGCCUCCAUUAUCAUCUGAGAGUUCACACUGGGAAAAGGCCUUAUAACUGCAGUGAGUGUGGGGAAUCCUUUAUCCAAAAAUAUCACCUUCUACACCAGAGAGUUCACACUGGAGAAAUGCCUUAUCAGUGCAGUGAAUGUGGGAAAUCUUUUUCAGCUGGUUCCAACCUCAGUAAUCAUCAAAGAGUUCACACAGGAGAAAGACCUUAUGAAUGCAGUGAAUGUGGAAAAUCCUUCAUCUAAAGACAUCACCUUCUUACACACCAGAGAGUUCACACAGGAGAAAGGCCUUAUCAGUGCAGUGAAUGUGGGAGAUCUUUUGCAUCUGGUUUCAACCUCAGAAAUCAUCAGAGAGUUCAUACAGGAGAAAGGCCUUAUGAGUGCAGUGAAUUUGGGAUGUCUUUUACCACUAGGAGGAAACUUCGUUAUCAUUAGGGAGUUCACACUGGAGAAGGUCCUUAUGAGUGCAGUGAAUGUGGGAAGUAUUUUACCUCAAGUUAUGCCCUCCGUGAUCAUCAGAGAGUUCAUACUGGUAAAAGGCCUUAUGAAUGUACUGAAUGUGGGCAGUCUAGAGCAAAUUCUUACCUCAUUGAACACUGGAGAGUUCACACUGGAGUAAAGCCUUAUCAAUGUAGUGAAUGUGGGAAAUCUUUUUCUUCUGGCUCUGGCCUCCAUUAUCAUCAGAGUGUUCACUCUGGGUUAAGGCCUUAUGAGUGUAAUGAAUGUGGGAAAUCUUUUCCAAAGAUCUCUGCACUCACUCGACAUCAGAGAACUCACACAGGAGAAAGGCCUUAUGUGUGCAGUGAAUGUGGGAAAUCCUUUAUCCAAAGACAUCACCUUCUUGUACAUCAGCGAGUUCACACAAGAUAG